AGGUCCAAAUAGAAAAAAGGCACGUCAUAUCCAAAUUAUAUAUAAUCCUCAGCUCCCCAUUAAAACCCUAGCUCUGGUUUAUUUUGAAAACCCUAGAUCUGAAAACAACCAGUCGGCAACAAUGUCGAUGUCGAAGAGUUCUAAGAUGCUCCAGUACAUCAACUACCGUAUGCGAGUCACUAUCCAAGACGGUCGUCAACUUGUCGGCAAAUUCAUGGCCUUCGAUCGUCACAUGAAUCUCGUCAUCGGCGAUUGCGAAGAGUUCCGGAAGCUUCCGCCUUUGAAAGGUGCGAAAAAGUCGGACGAGCCGCGCGAGGACCGCCGCACUCUCGGCCUCGUUCUCCUCCGCGGCGAGGAGGUGAUUUCGAUGACUGUUGAGGGUCCGCCGCCGCCUGAUGAGUCACGCGCGCGUGCUGCUGCGGCCGCGAAUUUGUCGGGACCUGGAGUGGGGAGAGCGGCAGGGAGAGGCGUGCCGACUGGGCCGCUUGUGCAGGCGCAGCCUGGAUUGGCUGGACCGGUGAGGGGAAUUGGUGGACCGGCGCCUGGGAUGAUGCAACCGCAGAUAUCGAGGCCGCCGAUGUUGAAUCCGCCGAUGCAGUACUCGCAACAGGCCCCGCCUCCGGUGAUUAGGCCGCCUGGACAGAUGUUUCAGCCUGGAAUGCGUGGACCGCCGCCUCAGAUGCCGCCUCCACAGUUUGCUCAGAGACCUGGUGGACCGCCAGGACCGUAUCCUAUGCCUCCACAGCCUCAGUAUGGACAGAGACCAAUGGGACCACCUCCACAGUUGAUGAGAGGACCUCCUCCUAGACCUGGAAUGGUGCCGCCUCCACCUGGAGGUGUUUUUGGACCGCCGCGACCUGGGAUGCCUCCACCUCCUAAUCCUCAACAGCAGAAUCAGCAGCAACAGUGAUUUGGCUUUGCACAAGGGUGGAUGUGAAGUAAUUCAAUUGGUGGUCUGUAGGCUGCUUCAACAUCUUGAACUGAAUAUUCUGAUGGUUUGUAUUAGUAAAUUUUUUAUAAUUGAGUAGGUAUCCUUUAUGUGAAGUUUCCUUUUAGCACAAUAUGACAGGGAUGUAUCUUUUGGCAGAAACUCCUCAACUGAAAUUAAGUGCGGCAUGUUUUGUGACCUUUA